AUGAUAAAAGAGUACUUGGACAAAAUUUUUGAAAAAAACAAAAAUGUCUCCAGUGAGACAUAUGACACGUCAACACUUGGUGAAAUACCCGCAGAUGUAAUAUCACCUAUGCGGGAAUCUACUAUGGAUAAUUCCAGUUCUAAGGAUUCGGGUGCACAGUAUGUAACACUUAAAAGUAUCAAGGAGGAGCAUAAAAUAAAGGUGAAUAUGAUGAACAUAGGUGCUUUGAUUCUAAUAGGCGCAUCUAUUAGUACUUUAACUGGCUUGUAUAAAGGGGUUCGAAAGGUACUGAGUCAUAAUAACACUGGCAAAAUCUACACAAUUUUAUUAAACCAUGUAGUAAAGGAAGGCGCAGGCUUGUCUAACACUUUAGGAAUUAUUGGAGUAUACUAUAGUGGGUGUUAUAUAUUGUUGAAUAGAUUCCUCCCAAAGUCUAAUGAUGAUACGAAUAUGUUUAUAUCCGCUACAAGUUCUGGUUUAAUAUUCAAAUCAACAUUUGUUGGUGGUGCAAUAGAUCUGUGUGGUUCAACUGCUUACUAUAUGUACAACAACUUCAAAAAUAAUGGUUUCAAAAAUUGGAAGGAAAUCUGA